GGCGCAUGCUGUUGCGGUUUUUGAUGCGAAACGGCGCGCGACGCCCGCGCGGCGCCGUGGCGCCGCUGGGUCUGCCAUGCCGCAAAGCUUGGGCACCUGUGGCCCUGCUUUCUCAGCGGCCGCCGCCGCGCGUCGUUUUGCUUCCACCAAACUGCCGAGAAAUGCCCCGAACUGCUGAAGCCCUACUGGAGUUUGCAGAACGAGGGGAAUGAAAGAAGGCAUGCCGGCGACCUUCAUGGAGAAAAUCCGGGCGGUCUACCCAGAAGCGCGCCCGGCGGGCCUUCCGCGCAUGGCGCGGGCACUCCUGCAUUACGGUGAACGAUCCCGAGGACAACCCUGCUGGAAGUGUUACUGUUUUGGAAAUUCAGACGGGCGGACGACAGCGACCAAAUGUGCAUGCUGCCUUGUUUGCUAUCGCGAUUCAGUUGCGCUAGUGACUAUGUAAAUAAAUGCCGCGGCUGUGGCAUCAGGGCGCAUGUCGCGCGGCUACACGGGGCGCGCUUUUUGAUGCGAAGCGGCGCGCGGCGCGGCUCGGUCUGUCAUGCCGCAAAGUCUUGGCGCUCGUGGCCAUUUCGGAGCGGCCGGCGCCGCGCGCUGAUGGAUUGUUUGCUUGGCCCCAAGGCGUGCGGGUCACCCGGCACAGGCCCGGCGCUGGUUUCCCCUCCGCCCGCCCCCUCGCCCCUAAAAGGGGCCGGGGCCGGCAAUUUGCGGCGUCGGCCGGCGGGUCCAGUAUGCCCGCGGUGGGCGCAGGGCGGUGCGGCCGUCGUGUUUCGCCCGAGGCCCGAGAACUGCCCCGAGUUUUUGGACUGUUGCAUCCGCAUUUGAAACGAGGGGAAGGAGGGACUGGGUGCGACCGCCCUAGAGAAAAUCUGGGCUGUUUCCCGGAGGUACGUAGAGGCGCCCGCUCCAUCUCCGGCGCGCGGCGGAUUUUUGUGCUCCUGGUUGCGUGGCCCUUCGCCGGCGCCCGCUGUUGGGCGAACAGCCUGGCACUGUGGGGCUUCCGGCGCACCUGCGCAAAUCUGUAGCGGAGGGGGGCGCAAAACGCCCAAAGGCGAUGGGCCAGCGCCCCCGCGCAGUUAUGGACCUAAUUGCGCCGCAACCAGGUCCAAGACCACCAGGCCGGCCGCCUGGAAAUUUAUUUCUUUGCUGAGGCCCCUGCGGGCCCCCCAAGCCUCGGGCGGCCGGCGCGGCCGCAGGCCCAGGGGGGCAGCUUGCGCGCGGUGGCCCCUCCCGCGUUGCUAGUGUAUGCCCCGCCGGCCCUUGGUGCCAGUUCGCCCCCCCCGGGCCGGCCUUUGUUUGGUUGCUUGCUUCGCUUACUAACUGUGGCGCCCUUUUCCCCCGCGCGCUGGCACUGCAGCGCCAGCGCGACCCUGGGUCGCCCCGUGGCGCCUUGUAGUUGCGCGCCCGCCGGCCCGGCGGGCUCGUACGUAGUAGCGACAGAGGUUUGAUGCCCUCCUAUUGUGUGUGGCGGUAGCGCGCAUGUGGCGCGACGUCGCGCCCGCGCGCGGUUGCUCGCGGUGUUCGCCGGCCCGGCUGGGCGCCGGUCUGCCGCAGCGCCAUUUUGCGGAUGGGCCGGAAUACAUACUUACUUCGCCCCUGCAGUGAGUAUAUAUCCUGUCGCCGUCUUUCU